GGGCGGGUUGUCAGCGCGCCGGUGCAGUGCGGCAGUAACAGGGCGGCUGCUGUGGGACUUACCUCCCUUCUCUUAGUGUUGGCCCUGGAGAAGGAACGAUGGUGCUGGAUCUGGAUUUGUUUCGGGUGGAUAAAGGAGGGGACCCAGCCCUCAUCCGAGAGUCGCAGGAGAAGCGCUUCAAGGACCCGGGACUGGUGGACCAGCUGGUGAAGGCAGACAGCGAGUGGCGACGAUGCAGAUUUCAGGCAGACAACUUGAACAAGCUGAAGAACCUAUGCAGCAAGACAAUUGGAGAGAAAAUGAAGAAAAAAGAGCCAACGGGAAAUGAUGAGUCCAUUCCGGAAGAUGUAUUAAAUCUCGAUGACCUCACUGCAGACACUUUAACUAACCUGAAAGUCUCACAAAUCAAAAAAGUCCGACUCCUCAUCGACGAAGCCAUCCUGAAGUGUGAUGCCGAGCGGAUAAAGCUGGAAGCAGAGCGAUUUGAGAACCUUCGCGAGAUUGGUAACCUUCUGCACCCCUCUGUGCCCAUCAGCAAUGAUGAGGACGCUGACAACAAAGUAGAGAGGAUUUGGGGUGAUUGUACCAUCAGGAAGAAGUACUCUCACGUGGACCUGGUGGUGAUGGUAGAUGGCUUUGAAGGCGAAAAGGGGGCUGUGGUGGCUGGGAGUCGAGGAUACUUCCUGAAGGGGGUCCUGGUGUUCCUGGAACAGGCACUCAUCCAGUAUGCUCUUCGCACAUUGGGAAGUCGAGGCUACACUCCCAUUUAUACCCCCUUCUUCAUGAGGAAGGAGGUCAUGCAGGAAGUGGCACAGCUCAGCCAGUUUGAUGAAGAACUUUAUAAGGUGAUUGGCAAAGGCACUGAAAAGUCUGAUGACAGCACCUAUGAGGAAAAAUAUCUGAUUGCCACCUCCGAACAGCCCAUUGCUGCUCUCCACCGGGACGAGUGGCUUCGGCCAGAGGAUUUGCCAAUCAAGUAUGCCGGCCUGUCCACCUGCUUUCGCCAGGAGGUGGGCUCCCACGGCCGUGAUACCCGUGGCAUCUUUCGAGUCCAUCAGUUUGAGAAGAUUGAACAGUUUGUCUACUCAUCGCCACAUGACAACAAGUCCUGGGAGAUGUUUGAGGAGAUGAUCACUACCGCUGAGGAGUUCUACCAGUCUCUGGGGAUCCCUUACCAUAUCGUGAAUAUUGUCUCAGGUUCUUUGAAUCACGCUGCCAGUAAGAAGCUUGACCUGGAGGCCUGGUUUCCGGGCUCAGGAGCCUUCCGUGAGUUAGUCUCCUGUUCUAACUGCACAGACUAUCAGGCUCGCCGGCUCCGAAUCCGAUACGGGCAAACCAAGAAGAUGAUGGACAAGAUAAAGAGUAAUCCCCAUUUGUCUACACAGAACAAGUUGGAGGCAAUGUCUCCCCUCUUCUCACCCAAGAAGGUGGAGUUUGUCCACAUGCUCAAUGCCACGAUGUGCGCCACAACUCGCACCAUCUGUGCCAUCCUAGAGAACUACCAGACAGAGAAGGGCAUCCUCGUGCCUGAGAAAUUGAAGGAAUUCAUGCCACCAGGUCUCCAGGAACUGAUCCCCUUUGUGAAGCCCGCACCCAUUGACCAGGAGCCAUCAAAGAAGCAGAAGAAGCAGCAUGAGGGCAGCAAAAAGAAAGGGGCAGCGAGAGAUGUUGCCCUGGAAAGCCAGCUGCAGAAUAUGGAGGUCACUGAUUCCUGAACAUUCCUUUCUCCCACUUUACCAGGCUUCCAUUUCAAUUAGCUGCAAUCUCAGAGCCUGCCCACAGGCAGGGAAGCCAAGCACGCACCCAUCGCCCACCCCGUGUGACUGCAUUGCCAAAAGGGGAACCAUCUGCCCUGUACAAUGCAGUGUUCCUCUUUUCUCGCUUGGGCAUAGGAUCUAAUCACCAAUGACUGAUGAAACCAUGUAAUAAAGCACCUCUGAGGGAG